AAUUCUCGUAAAAUCAAAAUCUGCAUUUUUGUUUUGUCGUCAUAUCCGCUACAAUCUAUUAUUGCCGCGGAAAGCGAAAAUUGGUCUCAAAGUUUUCCGAGAAAGCUAAGGUUCUACCCAAAGUGAUGGAAGGACCGCCUGAGAGAGACGUUAAGGACUUCGAAUUCCGACAGUUGUGCAAGUUCCGCUUAUUUUCAGCUGAAGAAUCUGAAUCCCAGUCCUCAAAGAGAGUGCAGAAACUUGCCACAUCGUCGAAAUUUGGAGUUAUAUUUGCAGCUUCUCAUAAUGAAAUCAAGAUUGUACUUAUGGCCAUGCUGUCUGGUCUUGACUCUGGGUUGGGAAAAGAGCGUAACACUGCCAUGCUUGAUGCACCCAUUUUCAAGCAGUUCACAGUUACUGGCCUUGUGGUGCACCUAGGUGUCAGUAGCGACGGUGCAAUGUUGUCAGUGGUUGUGGAUGACGAGAGCACUGUCACUCUCCUCAUCUUUGACAUUCACAUGUUUGCAGAUCAGCUUAGUGCACCUACUCCUUUGUUGACCUACCAAAUUGCCAGUGGCAAUGUGUCACUGCUGGACUUGGCCUGGAACCCUGGGCUUAGCAGUUUACUGGCAUUGUGCUUGAGUAAUGGCAGCAUGUCAAUUCUAGAUGUAACUGACACUCUAAAAGUGGUAUCAACUCUGCCACCAGGAUCUGAUGCAACCUGUUUGAGCUGGAGUCCCAAGGGCAAGAAACUGAUGGUGGGCAAGGUUAAGGGCAGCUGUGUUCAAUAUAGUCAUGACCUCAAGGAAGAGAAGCAGUGGUCUGCCCCUGGCAUUUUGACCUUGCCACACGAUGCAAUUGAUGUUGUGUGGGUGUCUACACAUACGUUCAUGGUGGCUUACCUGCCUCAGGGCAGCAGUCCAGACACACAGCCUGUUGUCAUUCUUACAGAAUCAGCUAAAGAUGGACAAACAUGCAUCAACUUUGAUGAUAUUUGCUUUGGCAGUGGGGAUGAAAGGAGAGCCAAAUAUUAUUUCACCUUCCUGGCUCAAUGGGAAAUGAUUGUGGUGUCUUCUAGCAAUGCCACAGAAACUACCAUAGUAGCUCGACACUUGGACCAGAAGUUGUCUUGGGAACACUGGACACUGGAAGAUUCAUCACGUGCUGAGCUACCAGUCACAGACAAUCAGACAGAUUCCUUUCCCCUGGGCAUGUGUGUCUGCCUGUCCUCUCAACAAAUUCUACAGCUGGGUGACAACAAGACUCAUCCAGCUUGUCCGGUCUUGCUGCUUCUGUCCACUGAUGGAGCACUGGUGCCAUUCCAUAUGGUAUAUUAUCACAGUCAGGCUCCUAGUCUCAUUGUCACACCACAGCCACUGUGUGCUCAGAAUGCAAGGAAGCCCCUGGCAGGUCAGCCAGUGCAAGUGUCUGUUGCACAGACUAGGUCCCCACUGGCCAAUCUUCUCAUGCAGCCCACAUCCACAGCUGGUGGUGGUCCUGCCAAUCAAACAGCAGCUGCCAAACCUGUAACUACAUUUUCGUUUGGCCAGCCGUCGGUGGCUUCUUCAUUAUCAGCUGGAGGAGGGUUGCUUGUCACAGCGAGUCCUGGAGGUCUUUCUUUGUUUGGCCCACCAUCAACACAGUCAGGCUUGUUACCAGCACAGCCUGGUGCUGGAAAAUCUGUCACAGCGAGUCCCGGAGGUCUGUCUUUGUUUGGCACAACAUCAAGUCCAUUUCCAUCAGGAUUUGGCACUGCAAAGACUAAUACUAACCAAGCUGAGCGUUCAUUCCUUCCACAACUGCCACAACCUUCAUCAGUAAUGACUGUAAAGUCUUCCUUAGUCCUGGGCACUGCUAGUGGCAGCAGCCAGAUUCAACCUGCCCAAACCACUGUAACUUCCCCAAACCACACAGGUGCAUCUUCUUCCUUACCUCUUUUUGCUAGCCUUGCUUCUGACACUGUAAAAGAAAAAACACCAGAUAAAGAAGUUUUGCAGUUUUCAUUCACUUUGCCAAAAAGUGGCAUAGCAGGAGUAACUGAUAACACUGAAACAUCUAAACCAUUAGCAUUUACCACACAGUCUUUGACAAAAUCAGGAUCAGACGCGCCUGUCUUGCCAAACCAGAAACCAUCUGCAACACCCUUGCAGUCAUCUGCAACAACCCUUCAGCCAUCAGCUUCAGCUGUUUUAGGAGCUGCAGGUGGAAGCAAGACUGGAAGUGGCCAGUUUUCUUUUAACUUCAGUCCAUCUCCUGGAGGGUUGGGAGCAAGACCUCAGCAACCAGCAAGUCUGCCUACAUCAUCACCUGUCACAGCAGGUGCAGGCAGCUUCUGUUUAACUUUUGCAUCCAAUAAAAGUGCAGCAGAUGCAUCAGGGCUGUCAGCAGUUCCCACACCAGCUGGUAAAGCAGGGCCUACAGUCAGCAGUCAGACUGCUCAAGGGGUCUUACCCACUCUCACACCAGUAGGUAGAACAGGGGCUGCAGUCAGAAGUCAAGCAACAAAAGCCACAUCUGCUUCAGUAGCAUCAUCUGCAGUAUCCGCUGUGCAGCAAGGAGUGUUGCCAGCUGCUGAAGUUGCUGCUGGAUCUGGUAGAACCUCAGCACCAGCCUUAGUAGCAUCUCAUCACGAUGAUACUGACAUCAGUGACAUCCUUAAUUCAACCAUCAACAAGAACAUCAUAGAGGAGAUUGCAGAUUUUGAAAGAGAAAUGCGCUUGUUACAAGAACAUCGACGCCAGCCAUUUCUGAUUGUUGGCACUAAAGAAGAAAUGGAUACACUUCAUCAGUCAGUGAGAAAGCUAUCUAAUUUUUGCAAGGAAGUUCAUGCUACAACCAAGGAGCAGAGUCUUGAGGUGCAUGACUUGAAGACAUCCUGCCUGGAUUUGUUUGCGAUGGCUGAAGACUGUUGCCUGCGCCAGGAACGCCUCAAAGACUCGCGCUAUAUUCAGGCACAGCAGCAGAGAGCCUUGGAUCCAGCAAGUGCCAAACGUCUACAGAAUUUGCAUCAGCUGGUGCAGGUGAUUGGCCAGAGUCUUCAGGAGGCUGACAGUGUGCUUGACGCACAGUGGGAGGACCAUGUCAGUAAAGAGAAAAAAACACGAAUUCGUGUACCUAAUUCAAACACAAUCUACCGUGCCAUCAAGAGCAAUCACAACAUCAUCGUGCGGCAGCAGUCUGUUGUAGAACAAAUACAGAGUCAGCUGAGGAAACAGCAGCUGAGGAGUCUCUCUUCACAACAAAGCAUCACUGGCAGUGACACACAGCCAGCGCAUCGAGACUGGCGCUUAAGAAAACAAGACUUGGUGGCUCCAGAAAAAGUAACCUUGCUGAGAGAGGCUUUGUCUGGCCAUACAGUUCGCAAAGUGAAGUGUGCCCCUUUAGAGUCACUGUCUAUGUCACGCCUGGUGAACACGAGAGAGGAGAAGCGCCUUUUUUCUACUAACAGUUCCAUUCAAGCUGGAGAUGUCGACCUCAAAGAUGGAGCUACAGGUAGAACCCUGACCUGUGUCCCUGAUUCCACCUUUAUGGAUGCUUCAGUCCCACCCCCCAGGUUCAGCUCCACGCCAGCACUUUCCCUGCCAGCAACCAGAGAACCCAGAUCUGAGGAGACUCCAACAGUAUUUUCAGGAGUGGCAUUUUUCAAGCCUGGAGCUAACAUGACUUCACUGACUGUACCCCAAUUGGCAUCCACAUGGACAUCUCCUAUGGGUGGAACUAAAUUAUUAUUGACUGAGGCUUCCCUGGGCUUGGGCAGUAAUAAUGGUGCAGUGUUUGCCCCUGCAACAAAGCCAGUAUCUGGGGCAGCGAUGCCAGCACCGACCCAGGUGCCACUUCCUGUCUCAUCUUUUGAAUCCAGCCGAGUGCAAACAGCAUCAGUUGACAGUGCUGCAACUGACCCCAAGAAAGAGCUACAGGAGAGUGCUACAGAAACUGAAUUAAAUGAUGGUGAGACAGAUGAUAACGAUGAAUAUGGAUAUGAAGAAGAUGAUGAAGAAGAGGAUGAAGACGAUGAAGAGGAAGCUGGGUUUGGUGAUGAGUAUGAGUACCCACAAGACGAGGGCACUGUCACUGCAGCUUCUCUUGCUUCUGCUGUCUUGUCCCUACCUACCUCAAACACAGCAGGAAUCCUUCAAAAACCUCCAUUAGCCAUAGCAACGUUGGCAAGCACAGCAAACAUCACAAGUUCCUCUGGGCACAUAUUCAGCAAGAGUGUCAUAUCCAUGGCUGGACUAACCAAUGCAGCCACAACCACUCCAAGCUCAGUGUUUGGCAGUGGUACCUCUCUGUUUAGUAGCAAUGUACCAUCCUUCGGAGCACUGGCUGAUGCUGGGGAACAACCCUCAGCAAUGCGACCACCAUUAUUCAGCUCAGCAGCAGACAUUGCCAGUGCAUUGGGAACAACAGCUGGGUCAAGCACUGUGACAGCUGUUACCUCAGCUGUUACCUCAGCUGUUUUAUUAUCUUCGUGUGGCGGCCAACAAGCUGAAUCAUCUGGGGCAACUAAAGGUCUGUUUGCCAUGUCUACCAACACUGUAGUGUCACCUAGUUCAGAAUCAGCUUCUUCUUCAUCAACCAUAGCAGAUUGUUUCCCCUCAGCCACCUUAGUUUCUGUGUCAUCGUCAUCACUUCUAGGAGAAAAACAAGCAUUUGUUUCUGUUUCCACUCCUUCUGUUUCUUUGUCAUUUGAAACACAAGACUCCGCUCCAGCCAUUCAGGAAUUAUCUAGCAAAACUAGCUUUGUACCAUCAACCACUUCUUCAUCAUCUGGAAGAACACAGUCCGAAACUGCUGGGUCAACUGCCUCAAGCGGUUUCAACUUUGGUACUUCAUCCUGUGGAGCAACUACAUCUGCUUCAUCCAUCGAUGGAACAUCCACUCAGGAACAGGCAACGUCUGUUGCUUCAGUUUUUGGGGCACCAGCUUCAGAGACAGGUGCCUCAAUGUCUUCCCUGUUUGGCAUAUCAGGUGCUGGGCAAGUUUCCAACACCUCUAUUUUUGGUAUAUCUACAUCUGGGCCAUCCUCUACCAAUUCUGUUUUUGGAAAUUCAGCAUCUGAGCCAGCUUCAUCUGGCAACGUUUUUGGAACUUCUUCGGGGCCAACAGCUCCUACUGGUUCUAUUUUUGGAACAUCUGCACCUGGGACAGCAACAUCAAGUGUAUUUGGAACACCAUCAGCUGGUAAUCCCACAAGUUCUAUUUUUGGAACAUCCGGAACAGCUGCACCAAUCACUGGUUUUGAGACACCAUCCUCUGGCUCAGUAGCCUCCACCACAUCUAUUUUUGGAACAUCAACAUCUGCUGCGUCUGCUUCCACGAAUUCUGUUUUUAGAACACCAACAUCUGCUACUGGCAGUGGGUCCAGACCAGCUUUUGGUGAUGGUGCAUCACCAACAUCCAUCUUUGGGUCAACUUCAGCAGCAUCUCCUGGAGGAUCCAUUUUUGGAGGUGCUACAGCUUCAGCAGCCUCAUCUUCGGGAGCAACUUUUGGGUUUUCUCAGUCUACAUUUGGAGGCUUUGGCAAACCUGCUUUUGGCUCUGGGCCAUCAUUUGGGCAGAGUCCAUCAGGGUUUGGACAGAGUGGAGUUACUGGGUUUUCUCAAGGAACUGGAUCUGGUUUUGGGUCAAGCACCAGUGUCUUUGGCCAGCCUGCUGUUUCAAAAGGGGACACAACCAACAGUGUCAGUGGUCUUUUUGGGGGCAGUGGUGGACUGUUUGGUCUGGGAGCCAAGCCAAGUGAGGAGAAGGCUAAACAAAAUGUAUUUGGAGGCACUCAGGCUUUCGGUACAUCCUCCAAUAAUCCAUCAUUGUUCGGGAAACAAGAGACGACAGGAUUCGGCUCUGCAAGUACGCAGGCCACUUCAGGCAGUAUCUUUUCGGGCACCUCUUUCAGCACUGGUUCUGGGAGUGUAGCUGCAAUGGGAUUUGCUGUUUCUCAGCCAACAUCCAGCACAGAAGGUUUUGGCUCUGGACCUGCCUUUGGUAAUCCUCCAUCUUUUGGGAGCAGUCCCAGCUUUGCCACUGCCCCAGCAUUUGGUGCUGGAAGCAGUUUUGGAUCAUCACCAACAUUCAGCAGUUCUGCAGGCUUUUCUGGUGGCUUUGGUUCAACUGCAACUGCAAGUAGUGGGUUUGGAGGCUUCGGUUCAAGCAGUGGCGUAUUUGGAAGCCUUGCACAGUCCUCAGAGACACCAUCCUUCGGCACUCUGUCUCACACAGGUGCAGGAGGGUUUGGCUCUUUAGCAGGCCAAACUGGAACAGGAGCAUUUGGCAGUCAAAGCCCAGGAUUUGGUGGAAAUCAGUCAGGUUUUGGGAGCACCACCUUUGGGUCCAGCCCCUCUUUUAGUGCCUACAGAGGAUAGUGACAAGGACCACACCAUUUUUUUUUCUGUGUCAAAAUCUUUGGACAAAGUUAGCAGGGGACUUUACAAAGUAAGGAUCUUUUGUUAAAUGGAUGUUUGAGGACAUUGGCUGAGCUAGAGGAUGUGCAACUGCUGCUGAAUACACAGAAGGAAAGUAGCAUUAUGGACUCACACUGGUCUUCAUUUCAUCUGUUUUUGAGUGAGCAUCUCAGCAUUGUUGAGAUAAAAUGUUGGGUUUUUUUUUUAGAAAGCUGGAGUCAGAUACAUGUCUAUUGGUACAAUUAUCACGCUUUUUCUUGCAAGUAGGAAAUGUUGCAUAAUAAUUAACUGACGUGACAGAAGACUAUGCUUUGUAGAUGUCACAUAUCCUAGGAUAUAAAUUUGGUUAUUUUAGGUGGUUUGUUUUGAGCAAAAGUGAGGGCAGUAAUGUUGCUCAGUGUUUACAGUUUACAUCAUCUUAUGAAAUAAAGAUAGCCAAAGACCAAAAUGAA